CACCUACAUUAAGAAACUUUAACAAUAUCUAAAGAGAUUCUUUGCUAUAUUGAACGUUGUGGUUUGAAAGUACAAACAAUUCGCAAACUAAGUGGUUCACUGGAGAUUUUGUAUUCAAAUGAUAGUAUAGAGAGUAGCAAAACUUGGCUUUUUCUUAAAGAUAUCUCUUGAAAUAUCUCCCGAUACAUGGGUUUGGUCAGUGGAGACGUAAACACGAAAACUAGACUCUGUACAAUUUCCUUCUGGUCAACUGUGGAUAUUAUGGAAUCAGGUGUUCUCUAAAAUAAUCGAUGUUGGCAAAGAAGGCAGACAGUUUUCUUAACUGAAUUUAUUGAACCACAGUUGUUCCCUAGAUGCUUUAAAGUGUAAUCAUGACGUCGACGUCACAACUUUCAGAAGAAGAGAUAAACUUCACCAGAUUUUUCUUGCUCAACUUUAAAGUAUCUCCAGACAUUGUGAGGCAAUACUUUGAUGGAGUUUUUCCACCAGCACACUUAUCUCAGACUAUCAAAAAUGGUAUGAAAACCAUCAUUCAGUUGAACAAAUCAAAAAUAAUCAAUUCAGCUCAAUUAAAAAUAUUAAGGAGUGUCCUUGGAACGGUAUGGCCUUCCAAUCUUCCUCCGAUGCCUGUGGGAACAAAAUCAACCUGUUCCAAGGACUUUGAUCUAACAAUGAUGAUAUGUCUGUUACGUAAUCUAGGAGGUUUAGUUUCACCCGUCAAUGGUUGGGAUCAGCUUCCAGAUCCGAUUGAAGUUAUGCCUGGAGCGAACUUGGCUACACUGAGGUGGUACAGAAAUCAGUUGGCCCAUACGACAGGAACUUCCAUGGAUUCCAACGAAUAUAAAUUCAAAUGGACACAGGUCAAAAAGGCAUUGACAGUCUUAAAUGGAGGUCAAAUACCACAGGAGAUCAAUGACAUCGUGAACUACGACCUUGGAGGGGAACAAGCAAAAACAUUAGCAAACGCAGAACUAAUGCAGUUAAAAAAAGAAUAUAUGGAUUGUGAAAAGGAACAUAAAGAAGAAAUUAAUCAGAUAAAAAAUGAAUACAUGGAAUGUGAAAUGGAGAAAAUACAGAUAGAAAAUGAUUUCUCUCAUUACAGGGAAGGAAAUAUUCCGAAAUACAUUGCAGAUGCGAAUGCAGCUUUGGUUAAUACAUGGCUAAAAGAUGACGAAAGUUUUUAUGAGACAAGAGGAACAAAACUUGUUUAUGACAAAGUAAAGGAAUGUAGCUGUAUUAUGGUCACAUCAAGUUCGGGAAUAGGAAAGACAGCUAACAUUCGGCAUAUCGCAUUAAAGUUUAAAGUGGAAGGCUUUGGAAUUGUUCCAAUAGAGUCUCCAAAGGAUAUAAUCAAAUUCAAAACACAUGAAAAACAAGUGUUUCUAAUGGAUGAUGUCCUUGGUAGAUAUGAUUUAAAUCCGACCCUGUUAAACAAAUGGGUAAGAAUAAACGAAAAGCUACUAAGUUGCUUUAAAACAGGUUCAAGCAAAAUAUUGUGUACAAUGAGAUCACAAAUAGUACUCAAUAAUAGAUUUAAAAAUGCAUCGACAAUUUUAAACAAAGAAGUCAUAAAUUUAGAGUCUUUUGCUCUGUCAAAGAAGGAAAAGAUGAGAAUACUGAUGAAAAAUCUUCAGAGAAAUAACUUAGAGAAGGAAAUAAAAAGAGAGGAGGUUGAGAUUAUGUGUGAAACGAUUUAUGCAUUUCCUCUCCUUUGCAAAUUAGUUUCAGAUGAUAAAGAAAGAUUCAAAAGAAGAAUUGCAUUCUUUAAGCAACCUGUAUCACUGUUAAGGAAAGAACUUGAUAUGAUAAGUCAUGAAAAUAAGAAGCUAUACUGCAUUUUAGUGAUUUGUAUGUUAAACAAUGGUUCGUUUAGUAAAAAAAUAUUUGAUAUUGACUCAGACGAAUAUGAUGCAAAAAUUUACAAAAUAAUGCAAACUUGCGGACUUCAAAGAAAUAUGCAUAAAAAAGAACUUGAGGAUAGCGCUAUUUCUGCUGUAGGAUCUUAUUUUAACAAGGACAGUUACAAUUUCCGGUUUAUUCACGAUACUCUUGAAGAGACUAUCAGUUAUCAUUUCUAUACGUUUCAUCCCAAAGUAAUGAUUUUUGAAUGUGAUAUCUUGUUUAUAAGGGAUCGAGUCAAGGUUCAUUCCAAUGAAAACGACAAAGGAAACGAUGAUGAAAAUACUGUUAUAAUUCUGGCAAAUGAAUUGGAUGUCGAUCGUUUAACGCCUUUAUAUACUAGAGUGUGGACUGAAUUAAACAAUGGAAGAUUUUCCAGUAUGUUGAUGAGUCAUCUUUUUGAAAAUAGUAACUUUGUUCGUAUAUUUGGAAUUCAUCUUGAAAACAAAUAUAACAAACUGAAAUUGAAAAAUACAUUUUUUAAAACUGUAAGUUCUGAACGGAGAAAACACAGAGAUCGAUCAAUCUUUAAAAACAUUUUAACGGCGAUGUCUAAUAAAAACUUACAAGAUAAAAAAGAUGCCAUUAGUCGAGUUAUACAUGCUAUUCCCUUCAGAAGUACACUUAUGUAUUGGAUUCUGGCAUUCGGUUGCUAUGAGCUUUUUAAAUAUGCAUGGAGUAAAAUGUCAGCUAUAGAUCGUAGUUCCAUUCUGGGUAAAGAUUGUAUAUUUAUACCCUCCGUAAAACCGUUCUUUCCGCUGGCUGUUCUUGGUGGUAGUUUAGAAAUUGUAAAAGAAUUAAUUUUGUCUGGUGCAGAUGUUAACUGCUUUUCCGAAUUUUGGGAAACACCUUUAUAUAUAGCGGCCAAGGCAGGUAGCUGUGAUAUUGUAUGCUUAUUGGUGGAAAAUCGAGCACAGCUAAAUAAAAGAGGAUGGUUUGAAAUACAAAUCCCAAGUGUGGCUAUUUCAACCAAGCACGAACUAACUAGUUGCAUUCUUGCGAAGGAUUUAAACCAGACAGAGCUUCAUGAAGCUGUACGACAGAACGAUUUAAAAUAUUUGGAAUCAAAAAUUCGAUCAGAGAAUAUAAAUUCUCGAACAAAGAGCGGAUGGACAGUUCUACAUUACGCUGUAUUAUUAGAUAAUCUAGAAGCUGUGGAGGUUUUAUUCCAUAAAAAAAUGCCACAAAACGAUUACCAAGGAAAACUUUUGUGUAAUAAGCCGACACCUAAAGUUAACAUAGCGGACAAUAAUGGACUUACUGCUGUCCAUCUAGCAGUUAUGAAAAGUAACAUCGAAAUACUGUCUAUUCUGCUUCGUAAUAAAGGUAAAGUAAAGGUUCGUGAUGUUUUCGAUAGAACACCUUUACAUUACAUAAUGGACGAAAGUACAACACGGUUAUUGAUUAUCCAUAGUUCCCGGAAUCAACAAAGUAAAACUAAUGGAAACGCAGAGGAUGGUAGAGAGUAUGAUCAGUCAUCAAAGUCGGCUUUCAAGGUCAUGUGUUUUAAUAUUGCACUUAAAACAUGGUUAAGAAAUGUUGGUCGUGACUUUGUAAAUAUGCCAGACAUUUACGGUAAUACACCCUUACAUUCUCUUGUUAUUAGGAGUCUUUCGAAAGAGAAAACAAUCGAGUGUAGGAAAACAUUACUACAGAAUGGGGCCAAUCCUUAUAUUGUUAACGAAAGUAACAUUGAUGCAUUGAAGUUAAUUCAUAAUUGUGAAACUGUGAAUUACAUAAACAAUGAUGAAAAAUAUAGACAAUCAAUUAUGAAGUCUUAUUUUUACUUUACAAUAGUCACGAUGUUCUUAUUUGCAGUGACCAUGGGACUUAUUGUACAUAUAAGUUACGAAUUUACGACGGAAAGUGAUAAUGUAUAUAAUUGCGUUGGACAAACCAUCGAAAAAUCAGGUAUUAUAACUUUGGUGCAGGUGAGUAGAAAUUUGAAAGUUGUAAUUCCCACUGUUGGUAUGCUUUGGAUAUCAUCAAUAAUAAUAUUUAAUAUGAGGUGUUCCAAUCUACUGCGGGGAUCAUUUUUGUUGUUAUAUGUCGUUAUAUUAACGUGUGGUUUAUACAUAUUAUUUGGUGAAUUGGUAUACAUUCAAACAAUAUACAGAUUUAUGUUGGUUUUGGUUUACGGUGUCAUGCUGUGUAUUUUUUUAACAAAAUGGAUGACAUGUAUACAACAUUUUGCUGUAGUCACACUACAUGUAGAAUACGAAAAGAUAUCUCUGCAUAUGAUGGUUAUCAUAAUGUCGGUUUUGGGUGUGUUAAGUGGAUUGUGUUGUUUUUGUGAAUUUAUGGGUAAACAAUACGACAAUUUGUAUACCGUUCACAAUCAAAAUACACUGAUCAUUACAGCUUUCAAUUGUACGGAAUUUAGUUAUGUAGAUAUUUCAUGUAUAAGUUUAGCUAAUAAUAUUACCUAUAAGAAUGGUGUAGAUUUCUCUGUACAAUGUCGUACUAUCCCAAACAUUACUAGUUAUAAUGGUACACAUGGCACACUCACAGUGGACUCAGGAGUGAUAGACUUAAGAGAACAAGUUCUUAUGUUUUUAUUGUUUUUAAUUUUUUUAAUACAUAAUGCAUGUGUUUUAUUUCUUUUGAACCUCAUACCUUAUCAUUUAUUUGCGAACCAAUCCACACUGAAACUCAGAAGAAUGAUCAUAGUUAUUUUGUUUUUCAAGGUAACUGAAAUGAUACCAUUUUUAUUUUUAUGUAUAUACGUUGUAACUUUUAGUAAUCUGUUUUUUUCGAGCAUAUUGGAGCAAAUAAAUGACUGAAACAAUAUCCUCCAUGAAUGAUGUAUGUCAUGUGACUAAAUCAGUUGAGAGAUAAAAAGAAAACGUUGAUUCAUGAAUUACAUCAAAAAUACUAAUAUCACUAUAUGUAUACCAUAACAUGUUUAAAUAAAUGGAGGAAAUAACAUGCGAAUCAUAAGUUCACUUAUGUUUGACCAUUAGUCACAGGUAAAAAGUAAAAUAACUACAAUACCAAACUCAAAACUCAAAUUUAAAACCGAAAGUCCCUUAUCAAAUUGGAAUAUCAAAAGCUGAAACACAUUAAACGAAUGUAUGACAACUGUCAUAAUCCUGACUUGGUAUAUGCAUGUUCUUAUGUAGAAAAUGUUGGAUUGAACCUAGUACUACAUUUGGUGGAUUGAUACAUUAGUACAUAAUGACGUGGCGCUGUACUUAUACACCCCGUCAUUGUGUUAUUGCGCUAUUGUAAUUUUUUGGAUAUUUGCCUUUUAUUUUUGCUAAUUUUCUUUGUUUAUAUGUCUUUUUGUGCUUCUUUGUUACAUAUUUAUUACUUUUUGUAGUGAUUAAAUUAUAACACAAUGCUGACUGCUGUACCCUUAAUUUUGACAUUUUUACUUAUUAUGUCUGUUGUUCACACACCAUUGUCAAUAUAAUGGAAUUUAAUGCGACUCUUAUACAAGUGAGCGGUUAAGCUAGCUGUAAAACCAGGUUUAAUCCAUCAUUUUCUACACAAGAAAAUAUCUGUACCAUGUAAGAAAUAUGACAGUUGUUAUCCGUCCGUUUGAUGUGUUUGAGGGUUUAAUUUUGUCAUUUGAUUAGGGACUUUCCGCUUUGAAUUUUCCCCGGAGUUCAGUAUUUUUGUGAUUUUGGUCUUUUGUAUAGCAAGCUAAACCUUUUACUUGUAUUUCAAUCGCAUAAUAUUCCUUUUUUGGCUUAUCUGACCCGAAUAGCUAAGUGAACUAUUUCCAUCACUUGGCGUCCGUCGUUCGGCAUCGUCUAGAGAACUUCUUUUAGAUAACUACUAAAUGGAAUGGAACCAAACAUGUCAUGAAGGUUCCUUAUGAGGUGCUGACCAAGUGAUUUUAAUUUGAAGCUGAUCCAUCAUCCAAGAUGAUCGCCAGCGGGAGACUUAGUGUAACACAGGACCCUACGGAAAAUACUUAAAAAUAUCUUCUUUAAGACAACCAUUAAAUAUAACAAAACAAAACAUGGCAUGAAUUUCCUUAUGGAUGCUGACGAAGUAUUGUUAAUUUGAAGCCGAUACAUCAUCAAAGAUAGCCGCCAACGCGGGACUUAGUUAAAUAUAGGACCCUAUGGGAAAUACUUACAUAUGUCUUCUUUUAGAGAACCACUGAAUGGAAUGGAACCACACAUGGCAUGAAUGUUCCUUAUGAAGUGCAGACCAAGUGAUAUUACUUUGAAGCUGAUCCAUCAUCCAAGAUGGUUGCCACCGGGGGACUUAGUUUAACAUAGGACCCUACAGAAAAUUCAUAAAAAUGUCUUCUGUUUGACAACCAUUAAAUAUAAUACAACCAAACAUUGCAUGAAUUUCCUUAUGGAUGCUGACAAAGUAUUGUUAAUUUGAAGCCGAUCCAUCAUCAAAAAUGGCCGCCAGCAGGGGGACUUAGUUUAACAGAGGACCCUAUGGGAAAUACAUACAAAUGUCCUCUUUUAGACAACCACUGAAUGGAAUGAAACCAAACAUGGCAUGACUGUUCCUUUUGAGGUGCUUACCAAGUUAUUGAUAGGGAUACAUGAGUCAACAAAGAAAACCAAAAAAUCCAAUAGACAAAGCACAUAAGUAAAAACGAAAGACAGGAAUACAAACAUUUACCAAAGCAAAAUAAUAUUAUGACGGGAUGUAUAAAUACCAAGCCACUUCAAAUGGAUAUUACCAAAAAUAGACCGAGUGGUAAAAGUAAUAAUUUACACAUUUGUGAAGUUGAUAUGGAAAACUAGUAUUUAUCAAUAAGAAUUGAUAUCUUCAAUGAAAAUUAUAAGAAAAAUGAUGAUACUUUCUUUGACAUAACCCUGGUUCAUAAACUAUCUGUUCAGACACUAGUGACGCUUUAUAUAGUCUGAAUUGCAGUUUCAAGCUCUUGAAUACCGACUGUGUAUGUAGGUAAAAUAUCAUCCGUCUGUUAGAAUAUCACAGGAAAAUCAUUGUUACACUAAAGAUAUACCAUAAUAUAUUUCAACGACUAGUAAAAUAGCAUUUUGUUUUCUAAUUUUCGACACCCAGUUGUUUUCCAAAUAGCCAUUAACAAUUAAGGUUUUAAAUAUAUUGAUAUCGAUACAAUGCAAUCUUCACUUGUGGUCAUUCAUACAUUGUGAUUUAGUUUACGGGAAAAAAAUGUAAUAUGAAACAAUUUGAUUGGACGAGAAGUUGAAAAUAUGUGUAUUUGUUUGAAUCAAAUUAGCUUCAAAUCGUCGCGGAAAUAGACUCACAAAAAAUAUUCAAGUUUCCUUACUGUGCUUAAUUUAGUUUGCGUUGUGGUCUAAAAUGGAUUUAAUUUAAAGGCUACCUCUUUUUUGUCAUUUUCAUUUGCAUACAAUGAAAAUCGAACAUUCUCAAUCGAAGUCUGUUUUGUAUGAUUGAUAUCAAACACAUUGACGAAACCUGUAACUUACUAAUGCGUUGUUAUAAAAAUUUCUAUGGUAUGAAUAUUAAUACAGAAUACGAUACAUACCUGCACAAUGGGUAGACAGAGCUUGCACUUGUAGAAGGUUUGAAAAAGGUAAAAUCACAAAAUAACUGAACUCUGAGGAAAAUUCAAAACGGAAAGUCCCGAAUUAGUUGGUAAAACCAAAAGCUCAAACACACCAAACGUAUGGACAACUUUCAUAUUCCUAACUUUGAACAGGCAUUUUCUUGUGUAGAAAAUGACGAAUCCCAUUUUUCAUUUGUUAUUCCUUUUUUUUAUUUACAUUUUUUUGUAUAGUUUUUGCAUUUCGCUUCGUUCGUGUCUUAUUGUUGAUAUUGUUUUUAAUAAGACCGAACAUUAAACUUUUGUUAAUAUUAGCUUGUUUAUGCUUAUUCCCGAUUGUGACUGUUUUGCUGAGUGUGAAUUCGCAUUACUAUAAGACGUGUUACGGUACUUAUCUAUCCCAAAUUCAUGUAUUUAGUUUGAAUUUUUAUAUUUGUAAUUUUCAUCGGAUUUUGUCAAAUUGGUCGACGUCUUUUCUAUUAUAUUCAUGUGUUAUGGUAAAGAAAAUUAAUCACCACGGUGACCUUCAUUUAUUAGUUUUGAUUUUGUUCAACGUAAUCUGUUCGAUAUUUUAUGUUCGAAGUUAGCUUCAAAUUAAACCGGACAUAUAUAUUAUAUAGUUAAUUGCUAUUAAUUAGUAUUGCAAUGUGCAUUGUGUUUAAAUGUAAUAUCAGUAUUUAGUUCUAUUAUAAUCUUAAAUCAAUCCUAUUUCUAUCUUAUUUUUGAGAUAUAAUUUUUCAAAUGUGACGUCAUUUUUGUGCUGUUUCAGAAAUUCAACUGUCUGCGUGACGUAAUUAUUGUGCCUUUUCACCACUUCGUAUGUGACGUCAUUUUUAUGACUUUUUGCGUUGAGGCCUGGACUAAUGCGGGUGUGUCUAUUUUCUAUAUUGGUCUUCAAUGUAUUAUGUAUUAUGUAUUCGGGUUCAGUUUUAUCAUGUAAAUCUUUUAUAUUCAUUUGCUAAAAUUUACUGUUUGAAAUAGCAUAAAUUGUUCUAAAUAAUAAGGAUGUUCUUAUCACAAGCAGAAAACCCUAGCCGUAUUUGGCACAAACUUUUUCAAUUUUUGAUCCUCAGAGCUGUACAACUUUGUACCUUUUUUUGACUUUCGAACUUUUAUAUCUGGGCGUCACUGGUAAGUCUUGUGUGGACGAGGCGCGUUUUUGAAGUAUUGAAUUUUAAACCUGAUGCCUUUUGUUAUCUAUUAUUCAUGUGUUUCUUUGCCUAAUACGUUCUCCUAUUUAUUUGUAUUGUAGUCCUAUAUUAUUAUGUUGUCAUUUUAAUGUGAUAUUUAACAAUGCCAUUAAAGUGCGAGGUUUGCUAAAGUUAUUCACUGACAUUAUACCCGAAAAGUAAAACAUAUUCGUGUAGUAUAAUUUUUUAUCAAUGACAAUAAAAUGUUUAACUGACAUGUUUGCACCUGUCUUAAGUCAGGAAUCUGAUGUUCAAUUCUUGUCGUUUGUUGAUGUGGUUCAUUAGUCUUUCUCGUUUGUUGAUGUGGUUCAUAAGUCUUUCUCGUUUCUUGUUUUUAUUUCAGAGAUUAGACCGUUGGUUUUUCCAUUUGAAUGGUUUACCACUAGUUACUUUUUGUGACUUUUAUAGCUUGCUGCUCCGUGUGAGCAAAGGCUUCGUGUUGUAGACCGUACUUUGACAUAUGGUUUCCUUUUACAAAUUGUGAAUUGGAUGGAGAUUUGUUUCAUAGGCACCCAUACCACAUCUUCUCAUAUCUAUGUUAGUCUCUACAGAGGCAUUAUGAUUUCUCAAAAUCUUAAACGGACUGUUAUGACUUCAGCGGCUUCAUAGUUUAAAUAAAGGUAUGCAAUGACAGGUUGACUGAUGCAAAUCACAGGAACAUCAUAGAAUCGUCAAUAGUAUACCAUGUCACAUUUAACAAAACGGGAAAACGUAACAGAAGCCUUAUAUUUACACUUAAACCAUUGUAAACCCUAAUAUAUUGGUUACCUGAGUAGUAAAAUAUAGCAG